AUGAACAGAACUUCCUCGACCGCAACACAGAAGAUGACGGAAUCUACCAGCCCAAGUCAACCGAGCGCUCAAGAAUCAGCUUCGAACCCUUCUAUUGCGCCAGAAACAGCACCCAAGUUAAUCUCCAAGGUACCUGGGACAAAGUCCGACGACAUCGAGACCAACGCGCUUUUCAGCGAUUACCUUGGGCUAUCGAUUGCACCAUUCAAUCAACCAAACCACGAAGGCACCAAGGGACUUUAUCUGCGCAGAAGGGAUACUGGAGUCAUACUACUCUUGACAUGCCGGCGUGUUGUAUUUGGGGACGGGGUGCCCAACAACGAGUACCGACACGACGGUACCAAGGAAAGCUGGGCCAUCAUCCAGCCUGGCAACGACACGCUCUGCGAACACAAGAGCAGUUUAGAGUUCAGCAUUAAAUGCGAUAUUGACUGGAUGGCGAGGCUGGAGAAAAAGUCUAAUAUGCCGGAGCAAACCGUGAAUGUCGAAGCCGAACUACAGCGUCUCAAGCCCGGGAUAGCGCUCGAUGAACAGAAGCUGCGUAAGCUUCAAGAGUGGGAUGAUCCCGCGUCGUGCAUCAUCGGACACGUUGUUUUUUCACCUCCGUACGGCGUCGGUACAACGAAAAUGGGCGCCCGGCAUCUUCGGGACUGGGCAUUGAUCGAGCUGCACCAGGACAAACACGAGACUUGGCUGACAUCUCUAAGAAACAAGAUCUUUACCGGAGAGAAAGGUUUUCAUGCCUGUGUCCAUGCAAUGCCACGAUCUGUUAUCGGAGUCCAGGGGUCAUUGCUCUCCUUCGACCUGCUAAACCACGCCGCCGAAGUCCAAGAUACAAUGCCAGAAGAGGAAUUGAGAGACCCCAGGUCCGCCACACUCCCGUGGGAUUCGGCUAUCGUGGUCAUGAAGCACGGCGCGACCACUGGCUUGACAAUUGGAUCGGUCGCUGGGGCAGUGUCCGUUGUGCGCCGAACCCACGGAAAUGUCACAUUGGGGUACGAAGAGUGGUGCGCCCUAAGAGAAAAGGAGCGCAUGGGCGAAGGCAGACGAAAGAGGUUCUCGGCCGCUGGUGACUCUGGGUCUUGCGUAUUCGAUUCGUUUGGCCGUGUUGUCGGAAUCUCGAGUGGUGGAGGACGAGAGGUGCCCGAGAGUGAUGGGGUUAUUUCACGCCAAUGGAAUGGGUGCUAG